GAAAACAAUGUGAAAAGUCAAUAUCUUUUAGCCCCCUCAGUACAAUGUCUUACUCAGAUUCAGACUCCCAAAUCCUUGAAGAGAAGACCUCUUAUUCAAGUCAUGAUUAUUUAACUCCAGAAAUUACAUCGUUAGAGUCUAGAGUGAUUUCUGAUGUAAUGCAAUCAGGGCGUAGCCACCUAGAUUUAACUAAAAUGCAAAAUACACCAGAAGAAUUUAUUGAUCUGUUGGGCCAAUGUAAAAGUGAUUACUCAGCAGAAACACCUGCAAUGGUAACAGAUCUCCAUUAUGAUAUUGGAGCUGUGAUAACUAGUGUGGAGUCACACAGUACUAAUACCUGUCAAACACAACCAAAAACACAUGGAGAAAAUAUGUUAUUUGAUAAAUCUGAGAUGAUAUUCAUCCAUUCACCAACACUCAAUAAUUUAAAGAGUGAUAUUAAAGUGAGUAAACCUGAAGUUGAGGGUGAGAUUAUACAUGGGGAGGUAGUUUGUGUUUAUGAGAAGCAGGAAAUUGAAGCUGUGAGUGAUGGGACUGGAUUACAUGCAUUCUUUAAAGGGGAUAUGUAUGAUUAUGAAUAUUAUGAUAAUUCAACUCAGAACAAAUCAAUAGAUAUCAACAAUGGGUCCAUUUGCUCGUACAUCAGACCCAUUCCACUGGAAGACUCCCAUUUUAAAUAUAUGUUAGAAGACAGAGAUGAGAUGAACAUUAAUGAUGAAGUUCCAGUCAAUAGUCCCACUCAUUUACAUGUACUUGAACAGAAUGAUUUGGAUAUUGAUAUCAAUAGAUGUCCUGAAUUGGAUGAAAGUAAAACCACUGAUAGCAGUGACUUAUUGGGAGAAAGGUCUGAUAUCUUAGUCAAGAGUAAUGUGAUCAUGCAUUGUAUACAGCCUACAGUUGGUAAUGAGAAAAUGAAAAUCAAUGAUGUUUUAGCUUUAGAUAAAAAUAGUGGCCGAAACCAACUUAAAAGUAACAAUAAAAUUGAAGGCACAGAGAAGCUUGCAGAAUUCCCCCAAGACGAAGAAUAUUCUCAGAGAGAAAACAUAUCCAAUUUGGGAGAUGACUUUAUAUUGCACCCAACAUGUGCAUAUGAAAUGUCACUCAAGGGUGUAAGUUUAUCAGAUGAGGAAAGGGAGGAAGAACUUGCUGAAACCUGCAUCAAGUAUAAAGAUGGCAGUUUUGAUUUAAUUGAAGAUAUAUGUGAUAUAAAAUCAUCACCAGAUAUUAUACCAUGUGCACAGUCUAAAACAAUUAUUAGUAAUAAUCCUGAUUAUAGCCACCAUGAUAUGUCUACACCUGAUCCUACUUCUGAUGACAGCGAAGAUUAUCCAUCAUUCCCUACCACCCAGUGUUUUAAACCCAGCAUAAUAUCAGAUUAUAUGGGAGCAGACAGUAGAUUAUUACAUACUCAACAGGAAGCCAAUGCAGAAAGUCGGGCAUGUAUUCCAUAUUUUCUGGAUAAUAAUAAUUAUGAGUUUGAAGAGGAAGCGAUUGUACCAGUACCUAGUUAUAAGAGAAGCAUAUCUCAGGUCUACACAACUAAAGAAUAUGAUGAAGAACGCCAUGAUUCUACAGAGCUUGUACCAUGUAUAAAUCAAUAUUCAACUGUAGGCAUGUUGAAACUAGAUCACAGUGAAUUACCAAUCUCAACAUGUUUCAAAUGGAAUCCAACCUUCACUUGCAAGCAAACAGAAAUGAAUGGAUGUGAAAUGCAGUCAGAAUUAGAUGGUGGAAACCUAUACAUGAAGCCAUUGGUAACAUGCUCUCGUCCAAUACGCCUUGGUUUAUCCAAAAAGCAGAAGACAAGGACACUCCACCCACAUCUUAGAUAAUUUUUCAUCACUUCUUAGAUGAUUAUAUACUUAUUUAGAUUAAAUAUUUAUAGAUAUUAAUAGUAUGGGUACAGUACAAAUGCCUUAUAGAUGUUAUAAAUUGUUGUAGAUUCAAAAGUUAAUAAGAUGUAUAGGUUUAUUUGUUGUGUUAUUAUUUGUUAGUACAGUAUUAAUAAUAUUAUAUGGGAUACACAAACCUUUAUUUCCAAGGUGCAAACCGAGAUUUGAUAUUAUUUACCUAUGCUAUAAGCUAUUAUUGUAUGCACACAUGCCUUUAGCCUAUAGGCACACAUCAUAUUGAUGUUUUAUAUUUUACAUUACAAAGUAUCACAUUUUCUAAACUCCUUUUAUUCAAUUAAUUAGUACCUGUAAACUAAAAACCCUUCGGAAUUGUUAAUUUUCCAUCUACUCUGGAAAUUAUGAAAUUAUAUAGUACUGGUAUUAGGAAUUAUAUUAAUAUUACAGUACCAUCUAUGCGAGCAUGUUAAGGGAAUAGAAGCAACUUUAAAAUAAACUACUGGAGCAAAUGACAUUUUUAAUGUGGAAUCAAAAACUCUCUGUAGUUGAUUAAUUACAGGUCAAAGUAUGAAUCUGCAAGACCACCUUUUGCAAUAUUGCAAUGUUUCAGUAUGGUAAGAGAUAUCAUGCUCUUUUCUUUCAACACCACAUUAUAAAAUUUAUGUAAAUAUGCAAAAUCACAAAUAGAGAAAAUGUCUUAUUUAUUGCCAGUGGCAGGAUUUUAAAAUAUAGUUAUUUACAAAUACAAAAUUUGUAUCUGUUAUUGAAAAUUAUUAGGCUGGUUCCUUAAGAUUUAUUAGUAUUCAUCAAUCUGACUAACAUUUGACCUCUAUAUAAUAAAGUUUAUUAUCUUUGAACUCCCUGAAUUGAUCAAACCACUUUGAGAUGAUUAAAUUAUAGAUAAUUUAACUUUAAGAUAAAUUAAACUUAGAUUGAUUAUUUGUUGUUGAAGUUUUAAGUUUUAAUUAUGAGAUGGCACCACAAUUGUAUUUAUUAUUAAUGUACGUUUGUUUAUAUUUUAAAUGCAUUAAAGAUUUUUGUGCCUUUUGAUGUAAUUUGAGAUUAUAUGGUUGUGUUGAUAUAUCAUUGCAUUUUAUGUGCUUUACAGUGAAUUAUAAUAAUUCUGCAUAAUUGUUUAAUUCAUCGAAAUAUUUGCUGUAGCUCAUCAUAGCAUAUCUGUGAUAACAGUGUAUAAACAUUCAAUUGAAAUGAUAUUUAGAUUUACUUAAUUUAUAUAUGUCUUUUUUAGUUAUCAUGGCAUUAAAUAAAUGUAUUAGGAGU